CAGCGCUGACCGCCGGGGGCGCUGUCAGCUACAUUUCCUCCACAGAAGAAGAAAAGCGAAAAGUCAUGGCGGCUGACAGUUUGUAAUGAGCCAACGAAAACAGCAACAGACUCUCGCAAGUUGGACAGAAACGUUUAAACCAGACCCGGGGACACGAACACUGACGACAAGAUGCAGAUAACUUUGAAAACCUUACAGCAGCAGACGUUCAAAAUCGACAUCGACGAAGAGGAGACGGUGAAGACAUUAAAAGAGAGGAUUGAAGAGGAGAAAGGAAAGGACCAUUUUUCAGUGUCUGGACUGAAGCUGAUAUAUGCUGGUAAAAUCCUCAAUGAUGACACAGCCCUCAAAGAAUACAAAAUCAAUGAGAAGAACUUUGUGGUCGUCAUGGUGACAAAGCCUAAAACAGCCUCGGCAGCUCCUUCACCUGCCGCCUCAGCUCCCAGCACUACAGCCCCUGCAGCACCUCCUGCCUCAUCGUCCAGCUCAGAAACCACCACAGACACCAAACCAGAGGAGAGACCGUCCUCGACCGCUGAACCAGCUUCCACCCCUGUCGGAAGCUCUGAGGCUUCAACAAACACAAACCUAAUUGAUGAGGCCGUUUCAACUCUAGUGACGGGCCCGUCAUAUGACGCCAUGGUGAACGAGAUGAUGCUCAUGGGCUACGAGAGGGAGCAGGUGGUAGCAGCUCUGAGAGCGAGCUUCAACAACCCAGACAGAGCUGUAGAGUACUUGCUCACAGGUAUUCCAGGCAGAGAUCAGGGCCCUUCAACAGGACCUGAUACAGUGGCGCCUCCAGUGAGUGGCGCUCCUGCUCCUGCUGCACCUACAAGCGGUAUUAGCAUGCCCGCCAACACUGGCUCUUCACCAGGUGCUGGGGGAGGCAACCCCUUGAGUUUUCUCAGAAAUCAGCCCCAGUUCCAAGUGAUGCGCCAACUCAUCCAGCAGAACGCCGCACUGCUUCCUGCACUGCUGCAGGAGAUCGGCAGGGAAAACCCUGAGCUGCUGCAGGAGAUAAGCAACCACCAAGAGCAGUUCAUCCAGAUGCUGAAUGAACCCAAUCCAGAGGCAGUGCCGGCAGGUGGUGGAGGUGGAGCAGGAGGAGUGGGAGGAGCAGGGGGAACCGGAGGGAUGGCAGGCGACCCAGCUGGCGGAGGUCAAAUGAGCUACAUCCAGGUCACGCCACAAGAAAAAGAGGCCAUUGAGAGGCUAAAAGCCUUAGGAUUUCCAGAGGGACUUGUUAUACAAGCCUACUUCGCUUGUGAGAAGAAUGAAAACUUGGCCGCCAACUUCCUUUUACAACAGAACUUUGACGAUGAUUAGAGAACCAUCUUCAGUUUUUGACUCUUUUUUUUCUUAUUUCUUCCUCUACUUUUUGAUUGCUGAUAUUGAAUAAAUGUGUAAAAACAAAACUUUUACAUUUCCCCCAAAAAAUGUUUUAUUCACUACUUCCACAUUCACCUUUCUUAAUAACACUGGAUCAGCUGGUAUACAAGGACAGGCUGUUUGUUUGUGAUGAGUUUGAAAUGGAGGAACAAUUAAAGUAAAAUAACUUAGCAUCAGAAAUCACCUGUGUGCUAUUGAUUUUUUAAAAAUACUUUAGUUUUUUUUAAUGAGGAAAAUCUGGUUUGCAAUGGCAAGAUGUGUCAGUAAGUUUAGUUCAGGAUACAUAAGAAAGUUAAGACAGUAUUCACACACUUAUUGUUCUGUUUCAAAAAUUAAAGUUGUGUAUGACAAACAA